GGCGGGGGGACACCAUGCUCAGCCUCUUAGUGGAGCCUCUCCUCACUCAUCUCCUUACCCAGUACCGCUUUGGCUUUGCCAGGGACCCAGACCCGCUUCAGCCAGGAGCCAGCUGACCAGACUGUGGUGGCUGGACAGCGGGCCGUGCUCCCCUGCGUGCUGCUCAACUACUCGGGGAUCGUGCAAUGGACCAAGGAUGGGCUGGCGUUGGGCAUGGGCCAGGGCCUCAAAGCCUGGCCACGGUACCGGGUCGUGGGCUCUGCAGACGCCGGGCAGUACAACCUGGAGAUCACAGAUGCCGAACUCUCUGAUGACGCCUCUUACGAGUGCCAGGCCACGGAGGCCGCCCUGCGCUCCCGGCGAGCAAAGCUCACCGUGCUCAUCCCCCCGGAGGACACCAGGAUCGAUGGCGGUCCUGUGAUUCUGCUGCAGGCAGGCGCCCCCCACAACCUCACGUGCCGAGCCUUCAACGCCAAGCCUGCUGCCACCAUCAUCUGGUUCCGGGAUGGGACGCAGCAGGAGGGCGCCGUAGCCAGCACGGAACUGCUGAAGGAUGGGAAGAGGGAGACCACCGUCAGCCAGCUGCUCAUCAACCCCACAGACCUGGAUAUUGGGCGUGUCUUCACCUGCCGCAGCGUGAACGAGGCCAUCCCGAGUGGCAAGGAGACGUCCAUCGAGCUCGACGUGCACCACCCUCCUACGGUGACCCUGUCCAUUGAGCCACAGACGGUGCAGGAGGGCGAGCGCGUCGUCUUUACGUGCCAGGCCACAGCCAACCCUGAGAUCCUGGGCUACAGGUGGGCCAAGGGGGGCUUUCUGAUUGAAGACGCCCACGAAAGUCGCUAUGAGACGAAUGUUGACUAUUCCUUUUUCACGGAGCCUGUGUCCUGUGAGGUUUACAACAAAGUGGGAAGCACCAAUGUCAGCACUUUAGUCAAUGUCCACUUUGCCCCCCGGAUAGUAGUGGACCCCAAACCCACGACCACAGACAUUGGCUCUGAUGUGACCCUCACCUGUGUCUGGGUUGGGAAUCCCCCCCUCACCCUCACCUGGACCAAAAAGGACUCAAACAUGGUCCUGAGUAACAGCAACCAGCUGCUGCUGAAGUCGGUGACCCAGGCCGAUGCCGGCACCUACACCUGCCGGGCCAUCGUGCCUCGGAUCGGAGUGGCCGAGCGGGAGGUGCCACUUUAUGUGAAUGGGCCCCCCAUUAUCUCCAGCGAGGCCGUGCAGUACGCCGUCAGGGGUGAUGGUGGCAAGGUGGAGUGUUUCAUCGGGAGCACACCACCCCCAGACCGCAUUGCAUGGGCAUGGAAGGAGAACUUCCUGGAGGUGGGGACCCUGGAACGCUACACGGUGGAGAGGACCAACUCAGGCAGCGGGGUCCUGUCCACGCUCACCAUCAACAACGUCAUGGAGGCCGACUUUCAGACCCACUACAACUGCACAGCCUGGAACAGCUUCGGCCCAGGCACGGCCAUCAUCCAGCUGGAAGAGCGAGAGGUGUUACCUGUGGGCAUCAUCGCCGGGGCCACCAUCGGCGCAGGCACCCUGCUCACCUUCCUCCUCAUCGCCUUGGUGUUCUUCCUCUGCCGGCGCCGCAAAGGCAGUCGCAAAGACGUGACCCUGAGAAAGCUGGACAUCAAGGUGGAGACAGUGAACCGGGAGCCACUCACGAUGCAUUCGGACCGGGAGGACGAUGCUGCCAGCGUCUCCACGGCAACCCGUGUCAUGAAGGCCAUCUACUCGUCCUUCAAGGAUGACGUGGACCUGAAGCAGGACCUGCGCUGUGACACCAUCGACACCCGGGAGGAGUAUGAGAUGAAGGAUCCCACCAAUGGCUACUACAAUGUGCGUGCCCACGAAGACCGCCCGUCUUCCAGGGCAGUGCUCUAUGCUGACUACCGUGCCCCCGGCCCUGCCCGCUUCGACGGCCGCCCCUCUUCCCGCCUCUCCCACUCCAGCGGCUAUGCCCAGCUCAACACCUACAGCCGGGCCCCGGCCUCUGACUACGGCCCUGAGCCCACACCCCCAGGUCCUGCUGCCCCAGCUGGCACCGACACCACCAGCCAGCUGUCCUACGAGAACUAUGAGAAGUUCAAUUCCCAUCCCUUCCCCGGGGCAGCAGGGUACCCCACCUACCGACUGGGCUACCCCCAGGGCCCUCCGUCCGGCCUGGAGCGGACCCCGUAUGAGGCAUAUGACCCCAUUGGCAAGUACGCCACUGCCACGCGAUUCUCCUACACCUCCCAGCACUCGGACUACGGCCAGAGAUUCCAGCAGCGCAUGCAGACGCACGUGUAGGGCUAGAGCCUGGCCGGGGCAUCUCUGCGGGGCAGAGGAGAAGGCUCUCACAGCUGUUCCCUGAUAUUCAGGGGCAUUGCUCGUUGUUGCUCCCGUCCUGGACCAGCCUUCCUCCUCCCACCGUGGCAGGCGGGGAGCAGGUCUCCCGGAAACACCCCGUCCCAAGGAUGGUGCUCUGUGCAUGCCCCAGCCUCCUGGGCCUGCCCUUCCCUCUUCGGGAGGAUGUGUCUCUUCUGACCUGCACUCUCGCCUGGCCCCAGCCUGGGGACGGGGAAAGUGAAGGUUGCGGAGAGCAGAGGGGGCACUUUUUAGCAUUCCCUUUCUAUCCCACCCCUCUGAUCUCCCGUGAGUAGACAGGGGGUCAUGUGGAGAUGAACAGGCUUUGGCCCAGGGGGCAUGAAGUGUAGGGGUGGGUGGCUGUGGUACAGAUAGGUGGAAGUGGGAUAGCCUGAACAGUCCAUCUGUCGUCUGCGUUCAUACCUUGGAUGCAUCUCCCCCACCUUGGGACUGCAGAAAGGACCUUGGAUUUAUUUUAGUCCUGGCACCGAGUUCAGAUCCAGCCCUCCUUCAGCUGGCAGUAAAGUGCCAGUCAUCCUGGCUGCCCAUGGGGACACCUGUCUGUCUGCCUGCAGAGGGAUCCAGGUAUGUCCCUUAGUGCUGCCCCCUUUUGCUUCUCUUCUGUGCUGGGCCGGCCAGAUAAGCCAGGGGGUCGUGAUGGCGAAGGAAAGGUCAGGAACCAUGUCCUGAGUCACUAGCCAGACAGCAGGGUGCUAUAUAGCAGUUUCCAGAACCCACGCUAGAGUGAGCCCCCCCAAGGCCCCUCCCCUCCCCAGUCUGCCCCACUUCCUGGCUUUAACUCUCCAGCAUGCCUGGGGAGUGGUGGGGUGAGGGUGGGAGUGCUAUAGGCUAUUUUUCAAAGA